GACAGCGCGCCACCGAAAAAUCCCGCGAUAAUGCCGGAUAGUAGAGAUGGUCAAGUUGUGAAGUUGCCGCAAAUUGCCGCCAGGGAACGUGGUCCUGGACCGGCAAGAUAUAUGUUGAAAAGCCUGUGCAGAUCCGAUAGCCAUGACAUAACCAAACAUCGUAAUCCUGCAUAUAGCUUAGGCCCAAGGUUGCAACCUGUCAAAUCUUUCAACAGCCCUGGGCCGUGUUAUCUUCCUGCCCCUGGAGUGACCAGCGUGGGACCCGACGGAACCCCUAAAUGGUCCAUGCUAGGAGCUGCGAGCAAAACGACAAAAUUUAACCCGCCAGGUCCAGGACAAUACUCUCCAGAAAAAUUCCAUCCACCCCACGAACGAAGCGAGCCAAGCUUUACCUUUGGGAAACGUACCAAAAUAUUAUUUAAGGACCCCACCCCCUCACCAAAUUCCUACUCCCUCCCACCCCUCAUAGGACCAAAGGGUGUUAACAAGGCCUCAGCCCCGGCUUACUCGUUAAGCGGACGCUCUGCUAUUGGCGGAUUCAGUGAAGAUCUCAAAAAGACACCCGGCCCAGGAACUUACGAGGUAACUCAUCCUAAUACAAGCAGAAAGAGAAUGCCAGCAUACACUAUGAAUGGACGAAACUACAUGCCAACAGAUACAACAUUAAAACCAGGACCGGGACAACACAGCCCUGAAAAGGCUGUAGAUCCCACGGCAGGCCCGAGCUUUUCAUUCCGCAUCAGACAUUCUGAAUAUAUGCUACCUAUUCAAGAAGAUCCAUUACGAUAACCUGACUAGUUACGAGGUUGUGUACAACAAACCAACUGCACCAAAAUUCAGCUUUGGUAUACGACACAGUGAUUACAUGACUGUUCCCCUAUUUGCACGUGAU